CAUAAAGGCGCGCGGAGAGGAGAGGAGCAGCGCGAGGCAUGGAGAGGAGGGGUCACCGUCACCUGUAGCGCGCGCGAGACACAGACCCGGAUCACAGUUGGCGUGCGGGUGCACCGUCGUCUCGGUGGGGUCAUCAGGCUGCCAUGAUGACAAAUGAGCGAUACAGCGCAGUUCCCAGCACAGACAAGGAGGUGGACAUCAUCAACAUCAAAGGAAUUGAGGAGAUCGGAUACGUCCAGCAGGAUUCUAUACUGCUGAACUGUCUGACUCCGGAGGAGACGGCUCAAUGCCGGCACGGCCUGUAUUUCCAGGAUGGCGAGCGCAGAGUGGAUUACGUUCUGACCUACCAGGUAAAGAAGCCCAGCAGCUCUCGUGCCCGCAGGCACUCCUCACGCUUCACCGACAACGCCCUGACCCGCAGCCUGCGGCGCACGCGCCCCCAAGCGCGCUCCGCCAAGCCGGACCCUGAGCCGGGCCCGCAGGAAACCAGUGCUGACCACCACGAGGACGACAAACGCUUCCGCCGUGAGGAGUUCGAGGGAAACCUGAGGGAGAUGGGGCUGGAGCUGGAGAAGGACGAGGACGGUAAGACUCCCGGUGUGGGCUUCGUGAAAAUCCACGCUCCAUGGAAUGUUCUUUGCAGGGAGGCAGAGUUCAUGAAGCUGAAGAUGCCGACAAGAAAAGUGUACGAGGUCAAGCAGAGCAGCAGCGUAAUGGAGAAGAUCAACACCUUCAUCAGCAAAGUGACAGAUCCACUUCACCCCAAUGUGGAGGAGAACAGAAUCGAGAACGUGAAGCACCUCUCCCAUCCGUUCUCCAGAGAAAAGCAGCACCUGUUCGAUCUGUCCGACAGAGACUCCUUUUUCGACAGCAAGACAAGAAGCUCAAUAGUGUUUGAAGUUUUGAAGAGAACUAAAUGCACAAAGUCUAAGUUCAGUAUGGGGAUAACCAGCCUGCUGGGCAGCGGUGCAUACCUGGCUGCGUACCCUCUACACGAUGGUGAUAUAGACGGAGAGAACGUGGAGCCGAAUGACAGGAAGCUGCUGUAUGAGGAGUGGGCCAGUUACAGCGUCUUUUAUAAAUACCAGCCCGUCGGCCUGAUCAGGAAGUAUUUUGGAGAGAAGAUUGGGCUGUACUUUGCAUGGCUGGGUGUUUAUACUCAGAUGCUGAUUCCUGCCUCUUUAGUGGGAGUAUUCGUGUUCCUCUACGGCUGCGUUACAGUGGACGACGACAUCCCCAGUAUGGAGAUUUGUGACAGUAGGAGGAAUAUAACGAUGUGUCCUCUGUGUGACCGAGUGUGUAGUUACUGGACUCUGAACUCUGCGUGUGGAACGGCGCGUGCAAGCCACCUGUUCGACAACCCAGCCACUGUCUUCUUCUCCAUCUUCAUGGCGCUGUGGGCUGCGUUCUUCAUGGAGCACUGGAAGCGGAGGCAGAUGCGUCUGAACUAUGAAUGGGAUCUCACAGGCUUUGAGGAGGAGGAGGAAGCACAGAAGGACCACCCGAGAGCGGAGUAUGAGUUCAGAGUGAUGCAGAAAUCUCUCAAAAAAGAACACAAAGCACAAAAGAGGCCUACAGGAGAGUCAUCUGUAAAGAAAUGGAAGCAAACUGUUCACUCAGUCAUGAGAGGCCAGAAGAUGUCAGAGAAAGAGAAGCUGACCUGUAGAGACAGAUGUCCAGCAUAUAUGACUAAUAUCGUCAUGAUGUUGUUAAUGAUCGGCGUUACGUUUGCGAUCGUAUUUGGAGUCAUCCUGUACCGCAUUUCCACCAAAGCAGCGCUGCACAUGAGCUCAAACCCCACCACCCGCUCCAACGUGCGGCUCACCGUCAAAACCACUGCCGCCAUCAUCAACCUAGUAGUCAUCCUGAUCCUGGACGAGGUGUAUGGAGCCGUGGCCCGCUGGCUCACCGCGCUCGAGGUGCCAAAAACGGACAAGAGCUUUGAGGAGCGACUGAUCUUCAAGACCUUCAUCCUGAAGUUUGUGAAUGCUUUCACCCCCAUCAUAUACAUCGCCUUUUUCAGGGGCAGGCUUGUGGGUCGUCCUGGUAGCUAUCUGUACGUCUUUGAGUCGUACCGAAUGGAAGAGUGUGCUCACGGCGGCUGUCUGAUGGAGCUAUGUAUUCAGCUCAGUAUCACUAUGCUGGGAAAACAACUCAUCCAGAACAACCUGUUUGAGAUCGGCAUCCCGAAACUGAAGAAGCUCAUUCGCUACAUUAAGUCAAAGCGAAGUGCCUUUCAGGAGGAGGAGCGAGAGAAGAAGCUCCAGCGCUACGAGACCGAUUUCUUCCUGGAGCCUUUCGCUGGUCUCACCCCCGAAUACAUGGAGAUGAGUGAGUUUAUCCAGUUUGGCUUUGUGACGCUGUUCGUGGCCUCGUUUCCACUGGCCCCGUUGUUUGCUCUCCUCAACAACAUCAUCGAGAUCCGUCUGGAUGCCAAGAAGUUUGUGGCGGAGCUCAGGAGGCCAGUAGCAGCUCGAGCGAAAGACAUCGGUAUCUGGUAUAAUAUUCUCAGAGGAGUGGCAAAGAUAGCAGUUAUAGUGAAUGCCUUUGUCAUUUCCUUCACCUCCGACUUCAUCCCUCGCCUAGUGUAUCAGUACAUGUUCAGCCCCGAUGGCUCCAUGCAUGGCUUCGUCAACCACACGCUGUCCUACUUCAAUGUCAGUCACUUCCAGAAUGGCACGGCGCCCCUAGAGCCGGAGAUCCUAGGCUUCUCUGUGGACAUCUGCAGAUAUAAAGACUACAGAGAACCGCCGUGGUCUCCGACACCAUACGAGGUGUCUAAACAGUUCUGGGCAGUUCUGGCUGCAAGACUUGCCUUCGUCAUUGUCUUUCAGAAUGUGGUGAUGCUGAUGAGUGAUGUUGUGGAUUGGAUCAUCCCGGACAUCCCUAAAGACAUCAGCGUGCAGAUCCACAAAGAGAAGAUCCUGAUGAUGGAUCUGUUCAUGAAGGAGGAACAGGGGAAGCUGCAGGUUCUAGACAACUUGACCGUUGAUGGAGAGAAGGAGAACAGCUCUGCCCACAGUCCACAGCUCCGCCCACGCGCCGUCUCGCACACACAGAGCAACAGCUUCUAGCAUCCGGCCAGCGUCAGCGUGUCUGUUCGCUGUACGUCCGUCUUUAUCUUUGUUCUGACAUUCCACAGACAGGCAGGCAGGCAGGCAGGCAGACAAACAGACAGACAGACUGAUAGUGAGUCAGUCAGCCAGUCUGACAGACAGUAAGACAAAUGGAGACAGACAGACAGCCUGGCUGACUAACACAAAGCUUCCACUUCUUUGCUCUGUUGAAAGCGGAAGUGCCGACCUGUGGAUGAUGCAGGGCUGUCCAGCUUUAGUCCAGCAUGCUUCAGUGAUUCCUUCGAUCAAACACACCUGUUCUCCAGAUUCAUUCGUUUUAUUUAUGUACCAAUUCUCACAAGGGGAUCCUGUCCUCCUCUGCAGUUAGGAUAGAACCCGGGAAGUUCAGAGUAUAAAAAGGAUUAACAGACAAACUGAGACUGACUGAUGAUCAAUGUUGGACGUUCAUCAGAGUGACAGUCUGAACUGACUGCUGUGUUCAACAUACAGAACAUAGAACAUUUACCUGAAAUCAAUGUGAGAACUUGGUAGGACUUCAAAGUGAAUGAUAAAGAAACAGAUGACAGUCCAUCUGGUGUGAUUAGACCAAUUAGUGACAAAUUAACCAAUUAAAAUAAAAAGUAAACAGUUUUAGUUCACUGCAAAGGCUCUCAGACCGGUUGCCCAGAUGCUCCGCAUGUUUGCUUAGUGCCGACUCCCAGCACCAAGCGAUUAGAACAAAAAUAUGGACCGGCUGGGGUUCCUGAGGACCAUUUUGAGAACCACUUUGAGAACCAGUUUGAGAACUACUGCGAUAUGUGUACUGAAAUACUGCAGCAGUGCAUCUGCCAAAGUCCAAAUAUCAGAUUAGACUCAAGGCUGAAGAAGCCUAGCAGGUCUAGAGUUCAGGGGGAACUAAAGCAGAAAGCAGCAGCUGAAGUUAGCAGGUUUAGUGUGUUUGAGAAGGAAAAUCACCACAUUUAUUUUAUUUAAAUAAACACAGUAAAUACAGAAAAUCACACAACAAGAUCCUAUACAGAUAAACUGACCAGUACAGUUCACCGCAAACUAAUAAAUCAGCUGCCCUUUCAGACGAAGCUGGACACCCCUGACCGACACUGCGGCGGACCACAAACAAACCAAUGGGUCAGCUCUGUUACGUCUAUUGCACAGCUGUCCUGAGUAGAUCAGCAGACAUAUCUCAUUAUUCAGUCACACUGUACGUAUGUGUCCCUUUCUCAAAGUGAUAACGAGGUUUUGCUUGUAGGUUUUCAUUUGUGAGAAAAUGGAGUUCCUGGGCUUUGAUUCUGAAAACUUUAUUGUCUUUUCAUGUAAUUUUGUUUUCUGUGUCUCAUCUGGCCCGAUUCAUAUUUUCACAUUAAACUCUGCUGGAUUUUAUUGUGAUUUUAAUUAUGAACUAAGACGUUUAACUGAAGCAGCACACAGUUGAGUGAAAGGUUUUGAAUAUUUAUAUAAAUUAUUCCCAUAAACAACCAUUAAUACUGUAAUAUGUGCUGAUACUAAAACAAACCAGAAAUAUGACAGUGCAAGUUAUUUUCAAACCCUGUUAUUAAUUCCAUGUAUUUUCAUGAAAACAAUUACUACUGCUGUUCUGAUCUACUGUGGAUCAGGUUUACUGUAGUUUAGAUCUACUCCUGUUCAGAUCUACUGUGGAUCAGGUCAAGUGUAGUUUAGAUCUACUGCAGGUCAGAUCUAGUGUUAGAUAAAAAAAAGGGCUAAAUUUGCUCCUACAGUAUUAAAAAGCUUGUAUCUCAAUUUCAGUUGGAAUGUAAUUGGAGUUAAUUUUAGCACAAUUACUUCAAUAAAAUAUGAAUGAAGAACCUUAACUUUCUGAUGAACUGAGCCAAAACAGUGUCAGAUGACUGAGAUGUUUCUGAAGUGGAACAGAUGUGGUGCUCCACACUAACAGGUUUAACUGCCAUUCCAUAUAUUCCAGCGCGAGAAAGUCCAGCACUGUGGUAGACAUUAAGGUUCUAACUCCAUAACAUUAAUGCUCUACCUACAAAGCGUUAAAGUUCUUACUACAAAACACCAGCAUCCUAACUACAAAUCAAACAUCACAAGUACAAAAUAUUAUAGUCUCAAAUACCAAAAUGAAGUCUUAAUUAAAACAUUGACAUUCUGACUGCGAUACAUUUUGGUUCUUACUCCAAAGUGUUAAGGUUCUAGUUACAGAAUAUCAUGAUUCAUUGCCAUCAUAACUCAAACAUUAAUUAAAAGUUAACGUUAAUUAUGAAAUAUUAAGUUACCGCUUCCUAACUGUUACGGUUCCAGCUACAAAACCUGAAAACUCCUAACUCAAAACCGUGAGGUCAAACAAGAGGUUGAGGUUCUAAUUACAAAGUGUUAAAGUUCUAACUCCAUGCUGUUUCAGAGCUGGACCAGGAAUCCUGUUCUAAUCUUUAAUGUUCCUGACUCCAGCAGUAUUUGAAAUGUUCUAAACUGGUUCCGUGUUUGCAGGAUUUGUGUUCCGUUUUUGUAUUUUCUUAUUUUUAUAUACAGUAAAUAACAGUUCAUAUUUAUAUCUCUUCUGUGUUCAGUUAAAUGGUUUUAUUAGCAGGUGCUCAGUGUCCACUCAGCAUGUUUGGUGAGAAAAGACUUUCAGAGUGAACUUUACACACAGCAGAGUGUCAGUCUGACCGGAGAACCGGAGAACCAGAGAACCAGAUACAUAUCGCUCCUUCAGGAGAAUAAAUACAUUUAAAUCAGUGGAUUGGUGGAGGGUCUGGGGUCUUUAGGAUCGGUGGAGGGUCUGCGGUCAGUGCGGGGUUUAGGAUAGGUGGAGGGGUUGGUGUCAGUGAAACUGAUGACAUUCUUAUUCGACAGGUCACUAAUGUCCCUCCACAGUACUAAUUUGAUGAAACUGAAUCAGGCCGACAGUCCAGCCGUGAUGAUCAACAUGCGGUUGCAGUCAGAAGUUUGGACACACCCACUCACAAAGGAUUUUUACUGUUUUAAAACAGGAGUGAGAACAAAACUAAAAAAGUGUUCAACAUUUCAGGUUUUUAAUCUUAAGAUUUCAGAUUAAGAUUUCAGAACUAAGAUUCUGAAAAACAUACUUUCAGGUGGAUCCAAACUGUUGACUGUUUCCGUAGUGCAGUAGACGCUGAAAUAGAACGCUUUAGCCCAGCAGCAGCACCUUUAGAGUGGGGUUGUGGGCUGGUGUGGCUGCAGGUUUACUUUUUCUGAUCGCUGCAAAUACUGAAUGAAGGUUAAGAGCAGCUGAUUAGAGCCGUUCAAUCAGAUGAUCUUCAGCUUCUUAAGAAUGAAAACCUGAAGCCACACAAAUGCCCCAAAGCUCUGAUCACUGCAGUAUGAAAUAUUAAAGCUUUUCUCAUCAGCGAGGACACUGAGUCACAUCAGGAGGUACUACACUGUUUAUUUUCUCUUUUUUCUCUUUAUGAAGGAGAUGUAUGUUUACAGUCAGCACUGUCUGCUGGAUCUGAAAUACAGAUGUUCCUCCUCUGCUCGCCUUAUCACAAAUCAUGUACCCUCUUUUAUAGGCUCUUUUAUAGCUAGGCAACUGUUUGAUAGCUGCAGACUGUAAUGCACUACAAUCCUAUAAUUCUAUAGAAUCAUUUUAAUGAAAAUGAAUAAAAUGUGAAAUUGA